AUGGAGUCAGAAGAGGUGGACUGGUUACUCAACCACUACACCAGUGCAUCCAUAGAAAGUGCUGCUGCUGCUGAAACGGUGCAAGACUCUGUGACCACACAAGAAGCCCCUGAAGAACGGAGAGAACAACUGGAUCACUGCCCAGCUCAACUCCCUGAAAUGUUUGUUCUGGAAGGACUGUUUAGUGCAGAGCAGGAGAAUACUAGUGUUAAAUGUGAAUCAGUGACAGAAGAGAGCCAGUUGACUUCAGGAAGCAAGCCAGUGACCAAACCUGCAGAAGAGCCAGGGUCACCUGUAAAACCUCAGUGCAGGAAAAGAAGACACAGCUCCCACCAGGAUCCCCAGGAGCUGGGAGGUGGAGCCUGCAACCCGGGCUGCUUCACGGAGGAAGACACCAGAGUGAGGAGUGUGUGA